AUGCAAUUCACAAACCACAGCCAUCAGAACCCAAACUCUUUCCUGCUAAUGGGAAUUCCUGGCCUGGAGGAAUCCCACUUUUGGAUUGCAUUUCCCUUCUGUUCCAUGUAUACCCUGGCAGUGCUUGGCAACAUGGUGGUGCUAUUGGUGGUGCAUUCAGAGCCUGCACUGCACCAGCCCAUGUAUCUGUUCCUAUGCAUGCUGUCCAUCAUUGACUUGGUGCUCUGUACUUCUACGGUGCCCAAGCUCCUCGCACUCUUUUGGGCAGAUGCUGCUGAGAUCGCCUUUGAAGCCUGUGCUACUCAGAUGUUUUUUAUCCAUGGUUUCUCAGCUGUAGAAUCUGGUAUACUGCUAGCAAUGGCCUUUGACCGCUACUUGGCCAUCUGCUGGCCCCUGCGUUAUGGGUCAUUGCUGUCUCUAGAGGCUGUGGGCAAGCUGGGGGCUGCUGCUGUGUUUCGUGGGUUGGGGCUCAUGACCCCACUCACCUGCCUACUGGCAAGGCUGAGCUACUGUAGUCGAAUGGUUGCCCACUCCUACUGUGAGCACAUGGCUGUGGUGAAGCUGGCUUGUGGGGGCACACGGCCGAACAACAUCUAUGGCAUCACUGCUGCCACACUGGUGGUAGGCACUGACUCCAUCUGCAUUGCUAUCUCCUAUGCACUCAUCUUCCGGGCUGUGUUAAGCCUCUCCUCUAAGGAAGCAAGGGCUAAGACCUUUGGUACUUGUGGCUCUCACCUGGGUGUCAUCCUCCUCUUCUAUACACCGGGACUCUUCUCAUUCUACACACAGCGCUUUGGCCAGAAUGUGCCCCGGCACAUCCACAUCCUCCUGGCUGAUCUCUACCUUGUUGUACCACCCAUGCUCAACCCCAUCAUCUAUGGCAUGAAGACCAAGCAGAUCCGGGAUGGGGCCUUCCGACUGCUGAAGAGGGGCCCUUCUCAGUCAUAA